AUGACUUCAAUUUGCAUAAACGAGGCCCUGAGAGACGACGAGCUCAGAGCAAUACUGGCGAGGCUUGAGAGCGACAAAGACAAGGAAGUGUUCGGACUCGUCUGCAAGCGGUGGCUCCACUUGCAGAGCACCGAGCGGCGCAAGCUCGCCGCCCGCGCCGGACCCCUCAUGCUCCGCAAGAUGGCCGCUCGCUUCACUCGCCUCCAUGAGCUCGAUCUCUCUCAGUCUAUCUCCAGGUCCUUCUACCCUGGCGUCACCGACUCUGAUCUCUCUGUCAUUGCUAAUUCCUUCACUUGCCUUCGAGUCCUCAGCCUUCAGAAUUGCAAAAGUAUUUCCGAUAAUGGAAUAUCAGCAAUUGGAUGUGGUCUUUCUUCUCUACAGGACUUAGAUGUAUCUUACUGUAGAAAGCUAACAGACAAGGGGUUGUCAGCUGUUGCUGAGGGCUGUCGUGACCUGAGAAGCCUGCAUCUUACUGGUUGCAGAUUUGUUACAGAUGCUGUGUUGCAAGCUCUUUCCAAGAACUGUCAUAAUCUAGAGGAGUUAUGUUUGCAAGGAUGCACCAACGUAACUGACUCUGGGCUCACUGUUCUUGUUGAUGGUUGUCAAAAUAUGAAGCUUUUAGAUAUCAAUAAAUGCAGUAAUGUUGGAGAUGUUGGGAUAUCUAGUGUAUCCAAAGCUUGUUCAUUUUCUCUGAAGACGCUGAAGUUGUUAGAUUGCUAUAAGAUUGGAGAUGAGUCCAUAUUAUCAUUAGCCAAAUUCUGUAAAAAUCUAGAAACUCUUAUAAUUGGUGGUUGCCGAGACGUAUCUGAUGAGUCCAUAAAGUCAUUAGCUUCUGCUUGUAGUCAGAGUCUCAAGAACCUUAGGAUGGAUUGGUGCCUAAAUGUUUCUGAUUCUUCAUUGAAUUGCAUCCUCUCUCAGUGCAGAAAUUUAGAAGCUCUUGACGUAGGGUGCUGUGAGGAGGUGACAGAUUCUGCUUUUCAGGGAUUAGGAAAUGAUGGAUUGAAGUUGGUUUUGAAGGUUUUGAAGGUCAGUAACUGUCCAAAGAUCACGGUGGCUGGGGUAGGCAUGCUUUUGGAGUUAUGUAACUCUCUAGAAUACCUUGAUGUGAGGUCAUGCCCACAUGUCACAAAGGCAGGUUGCGAUGAGGCUGGAUUGCAGUUUCCUAAGUGUUGUAAAGUAAAUUUUACUGGGAGUUUAGGGGAGCCAGAUGUUUUACUGUGAGGCUAAGUUUGGAUGGUCUGACAAUGCCAGAAUUUUCUUCUGAUAAAAUGCCGCUUGUGUGGACAUUUGCCUUUGGAAACUUAAUGGAUCAGUACAAGGCUGGGUGAGCUAUUGCUACUCAAAUCUUCUGCUCCUGCCCUUGUCCAUGUUAUGUAUUGGCUUAAGAAUUCUGUAACAUUUGGCCUGUUUAAUAUUUAUCACACAAAAAGAGUUGUUUAUUUGUCUGUACGUUGUUGCUUGCUAGUUUUCUGUUCUUUUGAAAUUGGGGCAUGUUAUUUUAAUUUGAUUGCAGAUGUGGAUUUGGAUUGGGCAUAAUAAUAUGAACCUGUGUAUUGGUAAA